AUGGUCCGCAUACAGACCAUCGCCGGCCUGCUCAUAGGGCAAAGCACCUUCUAUGUGAGUGCCGCGUCCAUUCAGCCUUUAGCUCUAUGGCAGGCCGAUUCCUCGGCGACCAACUUGAUUUCCAGCCGUAAUCUCCAGGGCACCGACGAUGUAUCUAUCACCGUGGAGCCUGCGGCUCCCAUGAUCAUGACUCCCCUCCGAAUCAACCGCGGGGGAAACACCAAGCGGGACCGCAGAGAAGCCCUCGCGCCCCAAGCCGAGGAAUCUCUCUACUGGAGUGCCCAAGACGGCACCGUCGCCGAACUCACCCUCUCCAUGCCCGGCGAAAACGAAAACAUCGUGAACCUAGAACGCAUAGACGACAUGGUCCGGAACAUUGAGUGUCUGCGCAACGGCACGGGACAGGUCAAGAUCCAAUUCGCGGAGGAGGCCGAUUUCGACGACGCCGAGGACAUUUGGCAGUGGGUCAACCAGGAGCCGGGGAACCACUUCACGCUCCUCGUUGGCGCCGGCGCCUGCGGUUGGAAUGAAAAUCAAAGAGUUCUUUACACUGUUACGGGACUUGUGUAUAACGACGAGAGCGAGACAGUGAUUCUGGAGGCCGAGACUACCACGUGGAAGGAUUCGGUGCAUACGUUUUCUCUCAAUAUUGGCAAGCCCGCUGUUGUUAAUGGCGCACCUGUCCAGCGACGGACCAUGGCUGGUGUUCGUGGUCGCCGCGGCUUCUUUGAUAAGGUUAGGGAUGCUCUGAAAGGUGCGACGGAUAAGGUUGUUGACACAGCAUCCGAUAUCGUGGGCGCAGUUGGCGAUGCCACCGACAAGGCAGUCGAUACGGCGUCGGGUGUUGCCGAUAAGGUCGUCGACACGGUCACCGACGCUGCCGGGAAGGCUAAGGACGCCGCCUCCGAUGCUGCUAGUACUGUUGGAGAGGGAGCUGGCCAGGCAGCGGACAAGGCCGUCGACACAGCAACUGACAUCGUCAACAACGUGGGAGAUGCCACAGAUAAAGCUGUAGAUAAGGUAGUCGACGUUGUGGGAGAUGCUACUGAUACAGUCGCGGACACGACGGGCUCUGUCGUCGAUGUCAUCGGCGACCUCAUCGACCCCGACCACAGCGCCGAUUUCUCUAUCCCAUUUGACAGCGACUUCACGGGAAAAUCUCUCACCUUCUCCGUGGACGGUGUUGACGUGACUGCCAGCUGCACCGAAUGCACCACCACCGGUUCCUUUAACAUCCGAGGCAGCUUCCGAGUCAACCAGUUCCUCACGGAAGAGGCCUGGAUCGAGCUCUCGACAGGGGGCGUCACUGCCAAAGCCGUCCUCGGAUUGACCUUGAAGGGCGCCUUGACUGGUAAACUCGCUGAGAAGAGUGUUCCCAUCGUCAAGUUCUCGCCGGCUGGUGUUUCCAUCCCCGGCGUGCUGACCAUCGGCCCGACCAUCUCGGUAAACUUGGGCGCCGAGAUUUCAGAGGUUAGGGGUAGCGUCGGCGUUACGCUUGGCGGGACGGCGACCAUCCCCGCUUCGUCGUCGAGGUUGGAUUUCUUGAGCGAGGAUAAGACGACGGCUACGGGGUGGGAGCCGACGUUUGAUGUGGCGCCGUUUAAGGCGGAUGCUUCUGUUGAGGCGAAGGCUACCGCAUUCCUGAAGGCUGCUGUUGGUCUUGAGAUCAGUGCUGUCGAGACUGGAUUCUCCGCCGAAUUGUCAGCAAAUCUUCCUGCCCUCACUGCGAGCCUCAAGGCCGUCACCUCUGCUACAUGUACGGUUUGUGGCGAUCAUCAGAGUGGUAUCCAAGGUAGCCUCACACUUGGCACGUCUGUUGGUGUCAGCCUCAAGAAGAAGGUCCUUGGAGAUGAGGAGCCGCUCUGGAGCCUCUCAUUCGCUGAUGCUAAACUUGCCGACCUUGCUGCAUUCUGUUUGGGGAUUGGGCCAAGCGGCGACCAGUGUUUGGCGAAGAGAUUCGCAGAGGAGUGGGAUGAAUCAGCCGUAUAUUAG